AUGGCGCCCUCGCGCAGUCGCAACUCUGAAGUCGCCUCGACCACCGACGUGUCCAUGAUCGACGCUCCCGACGCGACUGACGACUACACCCCCGACCCGCAGGAUACCCCCGACUACACGGACUCGGACUCAAACCUCAACACCGCCACGCCCAGCGAAGCGGGUGAUGCAGCUCCCGCAGACGGUCGCAGGCGUCGCUCUGAGGCUCUGCAGCUCCGCAAGAGCGUACUGGGCAAGAAGCAUGACCGUCUAGGCGAAUCCAAGGAAGAUGAUUCCAUCCGUCGAUUCCGCUACCUGCUCGGCCUCACCGACCUGUUCCGCCACUUCAUCGACUCAAGUCCCAACCCCCGUAUCAAGGAGAUCAUGGCCGAGAUCGACCGCCAGAACGAGGAGGAGGCCCACAGGGCGGCCAAGGGACACGCGCGCAAGGGCGGCGCUGGCGGUGACCGUCGCAGGAGAACUGAAAAGGAGGAGGAUGCCGAGUUGCUUCGUGAAGAAAAACAUGGUGGCUCCAGUGACUUGACCGUCUUCCGCGAGUCGCCUCCAUACAUCCAGGGUGUGAUGAGGGACUACCAGAUCGCCGGCUUGAAUUGGCUUAUUUCUCUCCAUGAGAACGGUAUUUCCGGCAUCCUUGCCGAUGAGAUGGGUCUCGGAAAGACGCUCCAGACCAUUUCCUUCAUCGGUUAUCUCCGCUUUGUCCGCGGCAUCAAUGGCCCCCAUCUCGUCGCCGUACCGAAGUCCACCCUCGAUAACUGGAAGAGAGAGUUUGAGAGGUGGAUUCCCGAAGUCAAUGUCCUCGUCUUGCAGGGCCAGAAGGACGAGCGUCAGCAGCUCAUCAACGAGCGCCUUGUGGACGAGGGCUUCGACGUCUGCAUCACCAGUUAUGAGAUGAUUCUAAGGGAAAAGUCGCACCUGAAGAAGUUUGCAUGGGAGUAUAUCAUCAUCGACGAAGCCCAUCGUAUCAAGAACGAGGAGUCUUCGCUUGCUCAGAUCAUCCGUGUCUUCAACUCCCGGAAUCGGCUAUUGAUCACCGGAACCCCGCUGCAGAACAACCUGCACGAACUGUGGGCUCUUCUCAACUUCUUGAUGCCUGACAUCUUCGGCGACUCCGAUGCCUUCGACCAGUGGUUUUCUGGCUCCUCGGAAGAUCAGGAUACCGUUGUGCAACAGCUUCACAAGGUCCUGCGUCCCUUCUUACUCCGUCGUGUCAAGAGUGAUGUGGAGAAGAGCUUACUGCCGAAAAAAGAGGUCAACCUGUACAUUGGCAUGUCGGAAAUGCAAGUCCAGUGGUACAAGAAGAUUUUGGAAAAGGACAUUGAUGCUGUCAACGGCGCUGGCGGCAAGAAGGAGUCGAAGACUCGUCUAUUGAAUAUUGUUAUGCAGCUGAGGAAGUGCUGUAACCACCCCUACUUGUUUGACGGAGCGGAGCCUGGCCCCCCGUACACUACCGACGAGCAUCUGGUCAACAAUGCGGCGAAGAUGGUCAUGCUCGACAAGUUGCUGAAGCGCAUGUUCGCCCAGGGCAGCCGCGUUCUGAUUUUCUCGCAGAUGAGCCGUCUGUUGGACAUUCUGGAAGAUUAUUCCGUUAUGAGAGGCUACCAGUACUGCCGUAUCGACGGUUCCACUGCUCACGAGGACCGCAUCGCUGCCAUUGACGAGUACAACAAGCCCAACUCGGAGAAGUUUUUGUUCCUGCUCACCACUCGCGCCGGCGGCCUUGGUAUCAACCUUACGUCCGCGGACAUCGUCGUUCUGUUUGACAGCGAUUGGAACCCCCAGGCUGAUCUCCAGGCUAUGGACCGCGCCCACCGUAUCGGACAGACCAAGCAAGUUGUGGUAUUCAGGUUCGUCACGGAGAACGCUAUCGAGGAAAAGGUUCUCGAACGUGCUGCGCAGAAGCUCCGUCUGGACCAGCUCGUUAUUCAGCAGGGUCGUGCUCAGCAACCUGCUAAGGCUGCUCAGUCGAAGGAAGAGUUGCUGAACAUGAUCCAGCACGGUGCCGAGAAGGUUUUCCAGAGCAACAGUGGCACCGGUGUUUUUGGUGAGGACACCACCGACGACGACAUCGAUGCUAUUCUGAAGCGUGGCGAGGAGCGUACUGCGAUGUUGAGCGCAAAAUACGAGAAGCUCGGCAUCGAUGACCUGCAGAACUUUACCAGCGACUCUGCGUAUGAGUGGAACGGCCAAAACUUUGUCAACAAGAAGAAAGAAAUUGGCAUAAACUGGAUUAACCCCUCGAAGCGUGAGAGGAAAGAGCAGUCCUACUCGAUGGAUAAGUACUACCGCCAGGCUUUGAUGACUGGCGGUCGGACGGCGGACACCAAGCCGAAGAUUCCGAGAGCGCCCAAGCAAAUUCAGAUCCACGACUAUCAAUUCUUCAACCCUCGUCUGCAGGAGCUGCAGGACAAGGAGACUGCCUGGUACCGCAAGGAAAACAACAUCAAGGCUCCUCUUCCGGAGGGUGAAGAAUCAGAGAUGGAGGCUCGUCUGGCAGAACAGGAGUUGGAUCAGAAGGAGAUCGAUGAUGCCGAGCCACUGACUGAGGCGGAGAAGGAGGAGAAGGACCGCCUGGCAGCAGAAGGUUUCGCCGACUGGAACAGACGCGACUUCCAGCAGUUCAUCAAUGGAUCUGCCAAGUAUGGCCGGAAGAACUACCAGAUGAUCGAGGACGAAGUGGACGGCAAGACGGCGGAUGAAAUUGAGGCUUACGCGAAGGUCUUCUGGAAGAAGUUCAAGGACAUUGCCACGUGGGAGAAGUAUGUUACCUCAAUCGAGGAAGGUGAGGAGCGUCUCAAGAAGAUUGAGCGCCAGCGCCAGCUUCUCCGCAAGAAGUUGGCCAUGUACCGCGCGCCGCUCCAGCAACUCAAGCUGAACUACUCGGUCUCAACCACAAACAAGAAGGUCUACACGGAAGAGGAGGAUCGGUUCCUGCUUGUGAUGUUGGACAAGUAUGGCGUAGACUCCGAGGGCAUCUACGAGCGCAUCCGCGAUGAAGUUCGCGAGUCUCCUCUGUUCCGCUUCGACUGGUUCUUCCUCAGCCGUACUCCUGUUGAGAUCAGCCGUCGCUGCAACACCCUCUUGACGACAGUUGUCAGGGAAUUCGAUGGCGAUGGCGGAAAGGCCACCAACGGCACGGGCAAGGGCGGCAAGAGAGGUGCGGAGGACGAGGACGAGGACGAGAGCGAAGAGGACACUCCGGCUAAGAAGAAGGCAAAGAACGGCGUGAAGAAUAAGGCACUGGACAGCGUUCGCGGUGGCAGCAAGUCAGCAUCAGCAUCAGCCUCGCGUGCAAGCAGCGUUGUGUCGAACGGCUCUGCCACCACAUCCAAGGGCAGUAAGGCUAAGGGCAAGAAGAAAUAA